CUUCCUUUAAUUCGACUAAGGCUGUUCUGAACGAUAGUUCUGUCUUGGCGGAAAGUUUCGCUGCAUGUAUUGUAUUUAACUUUAAUGAGCAUGUGCCGUUAGCGUCUAGGUUGCAAACUGUCGGAUACUUACAGGGUUUCGACGUCAGCAAAUUGGCGCCCAAAAUCUGACGUCAUUAGCUCAAUUAAAAACAUUGAAGUAAUUUUAAAGGAUCGUCGUUAACAUAAAUUGUGUCAAUAGAUAAAAACAAACAAAAAAAUCAAAUAUGUCAUUGGCAGUACGACCAUAUCAACCAGUGACUCCAGCAAACAACAAAUACCUUGCUAAAAGAUGGGACCAAGAAAUAUUCAACACUCACAGGAAAAAAGUUGCCUGUGCCCUUUCCGUUGUAGACAACAAUCCACCACGUGUACACAUGCAUCUUCAUAUUAAACUUAAAAAGCUACAGUUCGAAGCAGAACGCCUGGCGACCAUAGAGCGUGAUAACCGGAUCCUGCUAGAGAAGAUGGCGCACAUCAUGCGCACAGGCGGCGUCGUGGACAACAAGAAGGAGGACAAUCACCCCAAGAGCCUUAACAAGAUCAAACGCCAGAGGGAGCUGCUGCGAAUCACGCACGAGAACCUUGCCAUCUUGAAGCGGCUCACCACCAAGGACCCGCACUACAACCAUAAGAAGUGGCUCUUAGAGUGGCAGGUUAACCAGCAGUACCUGAUGAACAUCUCCAAGUUCCCACACCCGUGGCGCCAGGAGCAGAGCCAAUAUAUCUCGGAUGUGCAGCGAAAGACCACCGCCAACAAGCGCAUCAGCAAAAAGGUGAACAAUUCGCAGCCAAAGUCAAGUACUCCGAGUAAGGGAGGUACCAAGGGUGCGACAUCUGGGCACUCAGCGCCAUCUCAGCCUAUCCCGAGCCUUGCCACGCCCGUCAUCAGCGUGACCCAUGCAGAGUAGUCUCACGUGUCUAGUCAUAGGAACAGAAUACAAAUAAACAAGCGUAUAUGUU